UUGCAAUGUCGUCGAAUCCAUUGCUGGCCGCGAAUCGCGACGAUCCUCUUCUGCUGUUGAGCGGCCACCAUGCCUCCUCCUCAUCGUCUCCCAACCCCGCCUUAGAUGCGGACGGUUACCUAGUCGACGCUUCUCAGAUCGGCAGCGCCUCCGGCAGCUUCCAGAACGAUGGCUUCCUCAGCGGGGGAUACGACGCCGGAUUGAUUAGCGAAGCGGAGUACGGAUACUCCAGGCCCGAUUUCAGGCAGGGUGCCCUCGUCGGGACAGUUGAGCUGUACCAGCGCCACUUGUUCCUGUGCUACAAGAACCCUCAGGUGUGGCCGCCGCGGAUCGAGGCAGCUGAGUUCGAUCGUCUGCCUAGGCUUCUCGCUGCCGCUUUGACUGCUAGGAAGGCGGAUAUGAAGCGAGAGACUCGAUUAACUAUAUGUGAAGGGCAUGAUGGCACCGAGACAUCAAAUGGCGAUGUGUUGAUCUUUCCAGACAUGGUUCGAUACAGGAGAUUGACACAUUUUGAUGUGGCGACAUUUGUUGAGGAAGUGCUUGUUAAGGAUGGUGAGUGGACGCCUGGAAGUCCUGAAGCUCUUAGGGGCUGGUACAUAUUUGUAUGCUGCCAUGGUUCAAGGGAUCGAAGAUGUGGUAUUUGCGGACCAUCUGUCAUUAGUAGGUUCAAAACUGAGAUAGAAUUACAUGGUCUACAAGCAAAAGUUUCUGUUCGACCCUGCUCACACAUUGGGGGGCAUAAGUAUGCCGGUAAUGUGAUCAUUUUUGGAUCAAAUAUCAAGAAAGAAAUCACUGGCCAUUGGUAUGGAUACGUCAUGCCUGAUGAUGUUCCCCUUUUGCUUGAACAGCAUAUUGGGAAAGGAGAAAUUGUAGAUUUCCUCUGGAGGGGACAGAUGGGUUUAUCAGAAGAUGACCAGAUAAAAUCUCAGGAACUGAGAUUUAAGGGAAGUGGUGGAGCAAAUACGGAUAGGAGUACGAAAGAGUCGGCACCUACGGCCAGAGGAAAUAUCAGCGUAUGCUCGUCUCAAGUGGAGGGUAUCGGAUGUUGUCAGGUGAAUGAAAGCCCUACGUGCUGCCAGAAUGAGAUGUCGCAAGAAAAGAGAUCAGGCUCCGACUCUACUGACUUUGCAGCAAACCUUACGCCCGAGAAGAAGAAGAGCUCAAAGAAGCAAAUCCCGCAAAGUAAUAGCGGCAAAGGUACUGGUCCUCGGAAAGUUUGUUCCUUGACAUGGUAUGAUACCUGGGAGCGCGAAGAUACCUAUGCUGCACUCGCUGUCAUUUGUGCUGCGGCAUCAGUUGCAUUUGCCGUUAGAUACUUAAAGCAGUUAAGCUAGUUUCUCGUAUUGAUAUAACAGUUGUUGCCUAUGCAUUACGUGAUGAUUCGAAGAUAACUCUGGUUUGUAUAUGGCGGAUUUGAUCCUGGUUGUUUGAUCUUUCCUUCAUUUGUAUCUUUUAAGCUGCUAAGUCGAAACAUAACAUCUUCUGUACAUGUUAAGUAGUUUGUUCCGUGAUUUGAAUAUGUCGAACACUAUA